AUGGCUGCCCGUGGAACUCCAAGCGCGAGGCCGAGAGAGCAACUAAUACAACCGGUCAAGAAAGGCCCCCCCGGGGCGGACUCAAAUGCCAAAGGUGAUGCGAAGACGCUUCCGCAUGCUCAUCAGGCCAGGAAGCAGGCCGCUCGCCCCGAUACCACUUCUACCACGGCACCGCCCACCAAUUCACGCCCGGCUGCUGCCCCGUCAGCAAGACAAAACCAUGCUAUCCUCACGCACAAGGCCACUUCUGACACCAACAUCCUGUAUAAAGCGCUGCAGAAUGAGCCCGUGGGAGACCCCCGGGACCAGCCGCGGUGGUUCGAUGGCUAUGAUUCUCUCGACAGAAAGCUGCUGGUCGAGUGCGGUAGGAACAAGCCCUACGAGAGGACCCAGCUAGCCCAUCUUGAGGUCUUGACCGGGAGGAGGAACGGCGCUCCGCACAAUGUCGGCCUCCAAGACGCCAUUCGGGAUACGAUAUCAUACCUGCUUGAUGUGGAAGCCGAAAGGAACCCUGUCACUGCCAUCACCAGUAUGCCACAGGGGGUCUCGAGGCCUCUAUGGGACGGGAAGCUCUAUCUCGGCGGCAUCAAGGACUCGGGAAACGUGAAUGGGGUCUUGGACGAGCUCAACAUCAGCGCCGUGGUCUCCAUACAUCCCACGGACUGGCUCACAAAUGAGUGCUGGAGGGGCGGCCUAUUAUACGAAAAGUGGGACGGCGAUCUCAACUCGCCGCAGUUCAGGCGGGACAACCCCAAGAGGCUGCAGUACCAAAUCGAGCUGCACGACGACUCCAGCUCCGACAUCCUCGCCCAUCUCAGGAAGGCGAUCCCGUUCAUGAACAAGUUCCUCAUAGACGGGGACAGGCCUAGGAACGUAUUGGUGCAUUGCAAGAUGGGCCAGUCUCGCUCCGCCUCCGUGGUGCUCGCAUACAUGUGUGACAGGUACUUCAGGACUCACCUUGCGAACAUGGAUUCAAACAAGCGGCCAUCAAGGAAAGAAGUCUCGGAAAAGCUGCAGGGCAUCCAGGGACAGUUCCUCGGGGAGUUCGCUCUGCCAGCGGACAACAAGCCCCUGGGGGUCGCACCAAGGUCAACCGCGAGCAAGCGCAGAGGGGUCAGCACGAAGAAGUUCGACCGUCAGCUACUCCAGUACGCCCAGUACCUAGCGGAGGGCGAGAAGGGCCUGCCUCCCAAGCCGCCGAAGCCUGCAGAGGCGGCCGGCGGUGGGGGGAUCAUCAAAGGCGCGGCCAUGGUGCUCUGCUUUAUGUGUCGUAUUGUGCCCAGCCGUGAGAUCCUGGGAUACUGGUCCUCGCUGAGGAACACCAAUACGCAUUACUGGAGGGCAGCAUCGCAGGAUAGAGCCCUGAAGGAGGGCAUCCACGUCGAGGAUCACCUGGCCACGUUCAACCAGUUCUUUGAACAGUAUUGGAAACCCAGUCAGCAAGGCCCACCCCCUACAUGA